GUUUCGCUUUUUAAAUUACAGUUAAUAUUUCUAAAUUUGAAACUAUGCAUAUGAAUUGGUAUAUUCAGAUCCCAUGCACGUUGUCGACCUCUUUUUGAUAAGGCACUCCUUUUUUGGCAAUGCAGAAGCAGCCACAUAGAAACUAUUUCAGCAUUAAUUUUCCAUGCCCCACAGUUUCCUGCAACACAGCUUGCUUGCUUGCUUGCAUCACCUAGAUCUAUUUGUUGUGCUCACAUCUGUGAUGUGAUGUAGUUAAUUAUUUCCAGCUCUUUGCAUGUGGAUUAAAUGAUUCAAUCCAGGUAAACAAAGUGGAAGAGAACUACAUUUUGUAGAUGAUUUUCAAGCUAUUCUUUGGCCACUGGAAAUUUUGUUAUUCUAUACUGUUGUUAUUUUGCUAGUUAAAUGAAGGAUUUUUUUGUUGGCUGGCUGUUGAUUGGUUUAUAGUAAUUAAUUAGCAGGGCUGCAGAGCAGUUGCCCAGUGAUCUGUUUGAGUGUGCCAAUGCCACUGUGACCAUAAAACAUGAGUACUAUCAUGUCCGUGGACCCAAUCAAACAAAAGGUAGUGAACGAAUGAACAAAAGAUAGUAAAUAAGCAUCAAAGGCCAAGAAACGUGCAAUCCUUCAUGGACACCAGUAGGAGUGGGCUAUCACAUGUCCAUUGUAUUUUCCUGAGUGUUAGGUCUGGCUAUGGUUAUCCAUUCAUAGUAAAACCCUUUCUGGGUUACUGCAGUAUGUUCAGGAAGAUAGUUCACUGAAACUACUUCAAGAGGAGGUGCUACCUUGGCUCAUGUCUUAAAAGAACACCAUUUGCUUGCAAAAGUCUUGGUGCCAACCUUUACAGCCCUAAAAAGCUUGGGACCAAUUUGCUUGAAGGAGUGUCUCUUCCCAUACCUAUUUGAUCUAUUUGUUGUGCAUGCUAUCUUAAUCAACUAAUGCCCUUCAGUUACCACUUCCAUCCAAAAAGAAAAGCAUUUUUGAUAGUGGUGCUUCAGUGAUGGGAUGCCCUCCCUGGAUGGAUAUGCCUGGCACCAACUUAGUUGUCUGUUAGGUAACUGGCAAAAAUGUUUUUGUUCACACGGACCUUUUAAAGCUAAAACACCUUAAAGUUUCCAGAUGGAAUCAAGGAUUUGCCUUCUAUCAGAGGAAGGAAACUUCCAAAGGAUGCCUGCCUUACUGCUUUCUCUAUUCAGCAGGGUUAUGUAGCAUUUUCAGGGGAUUGCAGGUAGGGAAUUCUGCUUCAGCCAGCAGUUUCGUUCACCUAGUUUCAAUCCUCUGUUAAUUGUGCUUUUAUCUGUUAUUUAUUUACUUUGUACUGCCUGUUUUACUUUUUGUCUUAAAUUUGUAGGCUGCCUAGAAAUCAUUGAUACAUACAUACAUACAUACAUACAUAUAUAUUAAUUAAUGUUUACUGACUUGUAAGCCCCACUGAAUUCCAUGAGGCUUACUCCCUACUAUAUUUUGUAGGAUUUUAGGCUUUUCUGGUCAUUUGAGUUACAUGGAUUGAUUUUGAUAUGCAAGAUAUAAAGAAGUAUCUGAUCACUUCAGACAGACACAGUUUAGCACUGAAGGAUCUGGUAGAUUUUUUUUUUUGUUAGCAAUGCUCUCAAGAAAGAUCUGAUUGUUAAUUAUUUUCCUUCCUCAGCUCUGAAAGUUUCUAACUUUUUAGAAGUCAGUCAGUUUGACAGCAGGAAAAAGUGAUAGAUGCCAUGACAGAUGUUCCAUCAUCACCACCACCCCCCACAGACGAGCUACUGACCAGCCCAUUUAUGAAGAAGAUGAAUCUACCAGGAGCCCAAGAGGACACCAGUGCCGCUGUCAUAGGAGCUGUCGUAGCUGUGGUUUUAGUCACUCUCCUUUCGGUCGUUGCGCUGAUCAUCAUUUACCUGUACAAGAAUAAAGGCACCUAUCGGAUCUAUGAAGAACAACCUGAAGCAGAUCCAGAGGGGUCAGUCCAGAUGGAGGACCUCCCCUAUAAAGGUGAAAAGGAGGAAUAUUUUAUAUAGAAGAUACCAUGUUGCAAGCAUAUUUUGGACACUGAGAUCUAAAUUUAAAACUGCUGCCAUGCAGCUUGCUAUUCUGCAGUAAUAAACAUGAAAGUGAGGUUUAAAGGCAGGUGUUGGAUCAAACUGCCUUAUGAGUAAACCUCCUUGUUGGCUUCUGCAGAGCAACCUCUACUUUCUGUACAGAAGGACCAAAGGCCCCAGAAUAAACAGCUGUCUCUAUUUUAGUCUGCAUCUGUCUGUACCAUAUUAUCAGUGAUGCCCACAGUUUCACUAAUGGUUGCUUUUCCACAGUGAUGUUCCUAGCAUUUACAAGCAUUCAGUUCAUUGCUCUAAAGAACAGUUGUCUAAAAUUCCCAUAAUUUCAAAGACUUGUCUGGCUGCUUUAUUGGGGUGGAGGACAUGCAGUCUAGCAACAGUUGAGUGUGACCCAUGUUCUCCAUCCCUGUUUAGUAUUUGGGAGCUAUAUGUCAGCAUCUGUAAUAUGUGAAGGCAAGCCACAAAUGAGAUCUUUUGUGUUUGCUUCCUUUGCUUUCCUCCCUUCUGGAACACAAACACCAAGGUUCCAGUGAUAGAUAGCAUCUGCUCUACUCUUUAAGAAUCCUGUGUCACAUUAAUAGACAGUAUCUCAAGGAGACAGGCAUUCUGUGGCAGCUGAAAAAAACAUCUCUUUGCUGAACUUCUUUAAUUUGCCUCAUCAAUACAAAGUUAACACCACACAUCCUGGCAUCAUGAUGUGCAUUUCUAGGCUCCUGCCCUGCAUUAUUGAAGCUUACCAGCAAUGAAAUGCAGUCUUCAUUUAGAAUUGACUUGUUUUCACUGUUUUAUCUUUCAAUGUGUGUAUAUUUUAAACAGGCUGUUUGUAUUUUAAAUAGUUUUAUCUUAAA